UUCUUUCUCCAUUCAUUCGACACACAGGCUCACACGCUGGCCCUUGCCCCUCUCUCUCUCUCUCUCUCUCUCUCUCUCUCUCUCUCUCUCGCUUGCUCGCUCUCACUCUCUCUCUCUUUCCUUGUCUCUCUCUCUCCCUCUCUCUCUGUCUCUCAGAAUGACAAUUCUAGGUAUUGCUUUUGGUAUGGUUUUCUAUUUACUUCAAGCCGUUUGUGGAGAAAGUGGAUAUGCACAGAAUGGAGACUUUGAAGACGCAGAACUGGAAGACUAUCCCUUCUCCUGCUAUAGUCAGUUGGAAGCCAAUGGAUCUCAGCACUUUCUGACCUGUGCUUUGGAUGACCCAGACGUCAACACCACCAAUCUGGGAUUCGAAAUAUGUGGGGCCCUUCUGAAUGUAGCUUGCUUGAAAUUUAAUAAAGUGAAAGAGAUGUAUUUCAUAAAGACAAAGAAAUUUUUACUGAUUGGAGACAGCACAAUAUGUGUGAAGAUUGGAAAAGAGAAUAUAACUUGCAGAAAAAUAAACAUAGUGAAAAUAGUUAAACCUGAGGCUCCUUUUGACAUAAGAGUCACCUAUCGUGAAGAAGCAAAUGACUUUGUGGUGACAUUUAACACGUCACACUUGCGAAAGAAGUAUGUGAGAGAACUAAAGCAUGAGGUAGCCUACCACCAGGAAAAAAAUGAAAAUGAUUGGAUGUACGUGAAUUUAUCCAACACAAAGCUGACGCUCCUACAGAGAAAGCUACAACCGGAUGCAAUGUAUGAGAUUAAAGUUCGAUCCAUUCCUCAUUCUGAGUAUUUUGAAGGCUUCUGGAGUGAAUGGAGUCCCAGUUACCACUUCAGAACUCCCGAGGCCAACGCAGGAGAGAUGAAUACUGUCAUACUAACUAUCAGCAUUCUGAGUUUUUUCUCUGUGGUUUUGAUGGUCAUCUUGGCUGGUGUAUUAUGGAAAAAAAGAAUUAAGCCCAUUGUAUGGCCCAGUCUCCCCGAUCAUAAGAAGACGCUGGAACAACUUUGCAAGAAACCGAAAAAGAAUUUGAUUGCAAGUUUCAAUCCUGAAAGUUUCCUGGACUGCCAGAUUCAUAAGGUGGAUGACAUUCAAGCUAGAGACGAAGCAGAAGGUUUCCUGAAAGACACUUUUUCUUCACAAAUAAAGGAGUCUGAAAAGCAGAGGCUUGAAGUGGGCAUGCAAGAGCCCAACUGGCUGUCCCAGAAUGCAGUCAUCACCCCAAAAACUUCCAAAGGAGAUUCACACUUCCUGUGCCUGGCUGGGAAUGUCAGCAUGUGUGACGUCCCUGUGCUCCCCACUUCCAGGCCCCCAGACUGCAGGGAAGGGGGCAAGAAUGGGCCUCAUGUAUACCAGGGGCUGCUGAAUAAUCCUGAAGCUACACACAGCACUGUGCCCCCUCCAUUUCCUUUCCAAGUUGGAAUUUUGACCUUAAAUCCUGCUCCUCAAGGACAGCUCCUCCUCACUUCCUUGGGAUCAAGUCAGGAGGAAGCCUAUGUCACCAUGUCCAGCUUCUACCAAAACCAAUGAGCUGGAAGAAAGUCAGGACCAGAACCAUUGUGACAAAGAUGACUGUGCUUCUACCCACCCUCAAAACACAAACCAUACGUAAUUAAUUUUGCAACCCUUCUACAUGAGUAACCAGAUUCUGAGACAUUGCUUUGACCACACCUACCUGCUUCAGUGACAUGCAAUGUGAGGCAGAGGCCACCAGCUUCCGGCAACCCAGAUGAUUCAACAAUCUCAAAAAGAAAAAAAAUACAGAAAAGGGUAGAAUGAACGUGUGGAGAAAGCAAUGGAGGGGUAAGGACAGCAAGCAAGGAUAAGAGGAGAAAGAAGGAAAGGAGGGCAAGAAUGGCAGGUGCCAUUGUUAGGACUGGCCCUACACCCAGAGCUGUGCAAAGAGCUCUGCACCCCCAGUCUCACGCAGCCUCACAAUCAUCCUGGGAGGUGGGUGCAAUUAUAUUCUCUUUGUUAUAGGUGAUGAAACUGAUCUAGAUGAGGCUUAAAAGGGUUUAGUAACUUGUCCAAGAUGCCCACUCAAGAAGGGAUGGACCAAGUUUGAUGCCUAGGAAUCUGACUGCAGUCUCCCCAAGCUUGCCACUAAAAAAAGGGGUCAACCCAUUCCCAAAGGCCGCACCUCACUGAUACCAGGUAACUGUAUAAUUCAUGGUCUAAACUGGGUCACUUUUGAAAGAAAAAGGGAAAGGUAUAAGUAAUCACUCCAGGACACUGAUCAUGAACUGUGAGUCGCCUUGACAUAGGUACCUGAAUUUAAAAGGCUAUAGAGAAAAAAAAAGUAGUGGAGAAAUGGUCUCACAAGUUGUGAAGUACCAGGACCCAUCAUGUCUACAACAGGCAAAGAAGGCAAGAAAAGGCUACAAGUCCAGUUCUUUCUAUUUUUUUUUUAAGUGUUGGGAGGGAAUGAACUCAAAGCCCAGAAUCCAUAGUUAAAUCUCAAGAGUAUGAUCCUCUUGCUACCAACACCCACCUGCAUCCAUGAAUGAUAAAAGACCUGUGGUGACCCCAAGACACUGAUGCAUUUGAGGAAUGAGACGGUGAAUAGCCCAUCUAUGUACAAAGACUGCCCACCCCAAAUCCAUCCACAAACUGCUGGGUUCUACACCCUGGGUGUUGCCACGAAUGUCUGGGAGAAGGGAAUUAUAAACACCUGCAACAAGUGAACCAACUACAGCCAUGUUCUUGAACAUCUAGAAAAGAGACAUACUUUCAACACUUGACAUGGGCCCUCUUGCAUUUCCCAGUCUAGGGUAAAUUCCUAGUGACUAUCUCAAGCCAAGUCAAGGCAGCUGAGCAGCGUCAGCUCAGGGGACACCUCUCCCACAGACUCCAGACCCUCGGUAUACGCAGAAGCACGCAAGGCAGCCGUGGCUGGUGGAAGUAAAUAAGGACAUGGGUUCAGAUUUUUGUUUGGGGUUUGUUGUCAUUGUUUCGCAUUUUUUACUUUGUUCUGUGUACAGUUUGUUAGGAGAGAGCAAAGGAACCUUGUCUGUUGGUCUAGAGGCCUCUUAAGAAUCAGACCAUCUGAUUUUUCAGUUGGAUAUUUUACUUUCCAAAGUCCCUUCUCUGAACCAAUCAUAAUGGAUAUAACCCAUCAUGCCUCAGAUGUUCUUAGUGCUUUUGUAACUCUGAAAGCAUUUCCAUAAACAUAUUUCUUUCAUUUCCUCGACAAUAAUUUAUGGAAAUUCUGCAACGUGCCAACCAUUGUGUCAGGCGUAGACGAUCUACCACAAAUAAGCUGGGACUCUGCCCUAUAACGUGAAAAAUCUAAUGAAAUGUGAACAAGUGAAAUGUAAACAACUGUAUUAACAACCGUUAAUACAAACUGUUGUCAUGGAGUCAUGUUCAAAGUGCCUUGUUGGAGGCAGUCAGGGAAAACCCCAUGAAAGUGACAUAUACCUGCAUGGAAGACAAGUAGCACCUGCUGGUGUACGUGAGGAGACCUUGUCCACCAGAUGGACAUGUGUUCUUUCCUCUUGUGGAAGUGGGAUCCAAGUCUUAAAGAGGAGCUCAUCACAUCUUAGCUCUCUUAGCUCUCUGGUAGCUUAUUUACAGAAGUCCUAGCAAGUAUUUAUUAUUAUUAUCAUCCUUGACUUAUGGGAAAUUGGCACACAAGGCACACAAGUGAGUUACUCAGCUUACAUGUUAAGUUGAGACUGCAAGUUGUAGGUAUGUAUCCCUGACAUAAAUUAAAAAUCUCUGAAAGAAAUGAGAUACAUCUAGAGGAAAUUCUAGGUCCCUUUCCCUCUCAAGUCCUCUGUUUCAGUGUUGUCUAGCAUAGGUUAUCUUUUGAAAUUGGUGUGUGAAUGUCUGUUACUGGAGACAUUUAAAAUCCAUGUAUUAUACUCUUAUCAUCAUAACUGCUGCUAAUGCUUGAUGAUAUAUUCAGAGAAAAUAUAUAACGUACAAUGUAAGAUUAUAAUUUGUUUGCAUAACGCCCCUUUAGGAUGUCAGUAUGAAAGAACUGCUGGUCAGAGACAAUAUAUAAAUCAUAGAAGGAAACUGUUAAAUCUCUAGAACAUGAAAUGAAAACAGAAAAUUGAAAAAUAGGCAGCUAUUUUGGUCAAUUAAACAACCAUGACUGGAUCUAAGGAAGCCUGGCUUGUUCAGCUGGUUUUCUACUAGAUUUUGACCCUCUGGUAAUUCUAAUUUACAUUUGCAUCAGAAAAACCUAGUACAGGAGGUUUCAGAUGUGCACACUUCCAGAGUGUUUUCAUAGCACUUCGGAGAGAUGUGAGCGAGAGCUGGCCAGGAAGACGGCAGGAAUACGUGAUAGGGAAACUGCAACUAAAAAUGAUGCCGAUCAGAGGACAUUUCUGUCAACUCAGUGGUUUUCUCUGGGGUUAUUCAUUAAAAUAUCCAUUGUGCACUACACUGAGAGCCGCUGAUUUCACUGUACUUUCCACAUGCAUUACAAACAUUUUGCAGAGCUGCUAAAUACAUAACUCUCCAUCAUGUGUAGCCAUCAUGUAUUUAA